CGUUGACGUCACGCGGGAGCUGGCGGAGUACCGAGGAGACGUUGAAAAGACUCGAAGAGAAUAUGUGAGUCACUGUCAUGAGCGCAGACAGGUGCAGAAAAGACCAUUUAGCUGAACGCACUGCGUUCUCCUCGCCACUGCGUUGACAACUGGAGUCGAAAACGCUUCUUGCCGCUUCAAUGUCUGGAUAAUACCGAGCUCAAGGAAAGCCUUAUUAAGCAUAAAAGAAAAUCUAAUUGAAUAUUUUGCCAAAGUUAAACUAUUUCCAUGCAAUCAGGUGCAGUUAACGACAAUGAACGAGUAUUUCUCUUCGAACUCCACCACCAAGGAGGAGCCCAGCUGGUUCGAGCAGACCGAUGACAAUGUCUCUCUGGAGCUGGCGUCCUCCGCACGGGAGCCGCGGCUCAACCCCUGGGACGUGGUGCUUUGCGUUUCGGGGACGGUCAUCUCCUGUGAAAACGCCAUCGUGGUGGCAAUCAUUUUCUACACUCCUGCUUUAAGAACUCCAAUGUUUCUCCUGAUUGGCAGCUUGGCCACUGCGGACCUGCUAGCCGGAUUGGGGCUUAUCGUUCAUUUUGUGUUUUUGUACUGUAUCCGCUCAGAAGCGGUCGAUCUUAUCACCGUUGGCUUGCUGGUCACUUCCUUCACGGCCAGUGUGGGGAGCCUUUUGGCCAUCACCAUCGACCGCUACCUCUCCCUCUACAAUGCACUCACCUAUUACUCCGAAAGGACUGUGACUCGGACUUACAUCAUGCUAAUCCUCACCUGGGGGGUUUCGAUCUGCUUGGGGCUUCUGCCUGUCAUGGGAUGGAACUGUUUGAAAGACGUGUCCAGCUGCAGUAUAGUCAAGCCCCUGACCAAAAACAACGUGGUGAUCUUGUCCGUGUCCUUCUUCAUGGUGUUCGCCGUGAUGCUGCAGCUGUACACGCAAAUCUGCAAGAUAGUUUGCAGGCACGCCCAUCAGAUCGCUUUGCAGCGGCACUUUUUGUCAACGUCGCACUAUGUGACCACCAGGAAGGGCAUCUCCACGCUCGCCGUCAUCUUGGGGACUUUCGCCAGCUGCUGGCUACCCUUCUCCAUCUACUGCCUUUUGGGUGAUUACACCUACCCCUCCUUGUAUACCUACAUUACCCUCUUGCCUGCCAUCUAUAACUCCAUGAUCAACCCCGUCAUCUACGCUUUUCGAAACCAAGAAAUCCAGAAGGUCCUGUGGGCAGCUUGUUGCGGCUGCGCCUCUUCGAAAAUGUCUUGCCGGUCCAGGUCUCCCAGCGAUGUAUAGCGACGGUCUUACUGUGGACCAAAUGCUGUGACCAAAACGAAAAAUAAUAAAAUAAAAUGACAUGCAAAGCAUCCCCGUGAGCAGCAGGUAACGGCUCAUGUGCUGCAAAAGCGAAAGCGGCCUUCACGAGUACGCACUGCUGCUCAUCACACUCUGCAAA